GUUGCGUUUAGCGUGAACACAUUUGAGAAUGCGGCUGUUUGUUGCGAGCGUCAUCUGUGUGCUGAGUUUUCCAGUCAUCAUCUGUAAACUUGAAAACAAUAUCACUCAAUGCGGUGACUUCUUCUUCAGAGGAAAAGCUCCAGUUUUCCAAGACAUUCUGAAUGAUUCAGUCACACAGAAUGAUUCUUACGAAAUAAUUUGUCAGACAUAUAACAACACGGUCAGGUUUGCAACGCUGUACACCACAACAAACAAGAUUCCCGUUUUCUCUGCUUACAAAUACACCGGGACAUACCAGACAACAAAUACACUGGGACAGAUGGGACAACUUUGGAUGACUGAGUCGCAGCUUGAACCUUUAGGUGUUGAAAUGAGUGAGCCAUUCGUCAAACAGGCUAGAAAUCAAGACUACUGGAUAAAGAAAAAUAUAUAUAAGUAUAUCCCCGGUGCUUUAUUUCCUAUAAGACACGCAGCUGAUAAUGAAACCGCUGAAUCUACAUUAACACUGACCAACAGUGUGCCACUGAAAGAGGACUUCAGAAAAGGACUUUGGAGUCUUGUGGAAAAUACAACGAAGGAAGACAUGGACAGUAACUGUCGUGAUAACAAUAACAACAUUGUUGCCUAUGUGCUGACAGGAGCUAUAGCUGGUAAUAAUAAGAUGCAUAACAGAGUAAACAUACCAACACUCGUGUGGACGGCAUUUUGCUGCUUUAACAGAGAAACACUAUACUCUAGAGGGUUUUGGGCUGAAAACAAAGCAGAUAAAAAGACUGAAAUCAAACUCAAGAGCCUGAAGGUUGUACAAGAGUACCUGAAGAAAAAAUUAGGAACAGUUGAGCUGUUUGCAACAACUGCAGGUUGAAUGCAUCUCAAUUACGGCCCCAGACCUUUAGAAGUUUAAAAUGCCUCACAGUGACAAAACAAAUGUCGUCCUUUUCUAUAAAAUGCUACAGAAGUUAUUCUUUACGACGCUAUCCUUCACGGCAUGUUGAUGACGACUGAAUAUGUUUUAAUUAAGCUUUAGGAUAAACCUUUCUGCAGAAUGCAUGCAUGCCACUGUUUUACAAUUAUACAUGAUUGCAAUAAUAUUACUGCUGCAUUACUGUGUUUUACUUCGAUAUUUUUGUAAAUUUAAUAUAAAAUACUGUUCAUCGAAAGCAAUGCGUCAUAUUCUACAAAAUAAAAGCUUUAAAAACUACAAUAGUCUUUUUCAUACAUAGCAAAGCAGGUUAUGGGUUGGCAGAUCAAAUUCCUAA